AUGAGUACAUCAUCAUCUCUAAUAUCAGCCAGGCCUUGCAUGAUAUCAACAAGCAGAAGCUUGCAAGCAAAAACCUAUGGAGUAAUCAUAAGAGCAAAGGUAGCAAUCAGCCCGAAAAACUUUCCUGAGUUAUCAGUACAAGGGAUUCCUCAUCCUGAUUUCCACAUUCGAGAGAUAGUCCAAAGACAGACUCGAACAAAACCCUUAUUCAACACGGCAACAAAAGAAGAAGAAGGUCUAGGAAAAUCAAAUUUACUGCGGGCUGCUGUUCUCGAAGAAGCUUACGAGAGAUGCAGAUAUAUUUGCGAUGAAUACGCAAAGACAUUCUAUCUCGGGACAAGACUAAUGACAGAAGAUAGACAGAAAGCAAUAUGGGCAAUCUAUGUUUGGUGCAGGAGAACGGACGAGCUGGUUGAUGGUCCAAACGCCAUUUACAUGGGUUCGACAGUUUUGGAUCAAUGGGAAGAAAGACUUCAAGAUAUCUUUGAUGGGAAACCUUAUGAUAUAUUGGAUGCUGCACUUACUGAUACUGUUCACAAAUUCCCUUUAGACAUCAAGCCAUUUAGGGACAUGAUAGAAGGAAUGAGGAUGGAUUUGAGGAAGGAUCGCUACGAUAAUUUUCAGCAACUAUAUUCGUAUUGCUACUGUGUGGCAGGGACGGUUGGGCUGAUGAGCGUCCCAGUAAUGGGAAUCGACCCGGAGUCUAUCCUUUCAUCUCAGAGUAUAUAUAAUGCAGCUGUACAGUUGGGAAUUGGGAAUCAGCUUACAAAUAUCCUGAGAGAUGUGGGAGAAGAUGCAUUGAGAGGGAGAGUGUACCUUCCUCAAGAUGAACUAAGGCAAUUUGGAUUGAGUGAUGAAGAUGUUUUCUCAAGAAAGGUGACUUCCAGUGAAGGUUGGAGGCAUUUCAUGAAAAAACAGAUUGAUCGGGCGAGGUUCUACUUUAACCAGGCGGAGGAGGGAGCUUCUCAGCUCGAUAAGGCCAGCCGAUGGCCGGUAUGGGCUUCUUUGAUGUUAUAUAGGAAGAUAUUGGAUGCAAUUGAGGAGAAUGAUUAUGAUAGUUUAACAAAGAGAGCUUAUGUAGGGAAGACAAAGAAGCUACUAACAUUGCCUCUAGCAUACACCAGAUCUCUCUCUGUAUCAGCUACUAUGCCUGGUUUGGUUAACUGGAUGAGUUAA